AUGGCGGGCGUGGGGCUGCGGGCGGCUGCUCGGCGCUGGCUGCCGUGCCCGGGCCACGGCUGGCCGCGGGCCACCUCGUCCUCGCCCUCCUGCUCCGGCUGCGGCCCCCCGGGCCCCAGCGCCCACUGCCCCGGCGCCCCGCGCCCGGCGCCCGCCCCGGCCCCCGCCGGCGGCUCGGAGCUGAGCGCGCACUUGUGGACCCGCUACCAGGACAUGCGGAGGCUGGUGCACGACCUCCUGCCCCCCGAGGUCUGCAGCCUCCUCAACCCAGCGGCCAUCUACGCCAACAACGAGAUCAGCCUGCACGAUGUCGAGGUCUACGGCUUCGACUAUGACUACACGCUGGCCCAGUACGCAGACGCCCUGCACCCGGAGAUCUUCGGUGCCGCCCGGGACAUCCUGAUCGAGCACUACAAGUACCCAGAGGGCAUCCGGAAGUAUGACUACAACCCCAGCUUUGCUAUCCGUGGCCUCCACUACGACAUUCAGAAGAGCCUUCUGAUGAAGAUCGACGCCUACCAUUAUGUGCAGCUGGGGACGGCCUACAGGGGCCUGCAGCCUGUGUCCGAUGAGGAGGUGAUCGACCUGUACGGGGGCACCCAGCACAUCCCACUGUACCAGAUGAGCGACUUCUACGGCAAGGGUCCCUCCAUCAAGCAGUUCAUGGACAUCUUCUCGCUGCCGGAGAUGGCGCUGCUCUCCUGUGUGGUGGACCACUUCCUGGGCCACGGCCUGGAGUUCGACCAGGCGCACCUCUACAAGGACGUGACGGAUGCCAUCCGAGAUGUGCACGUGAAGGGCCUCAUGUACCAGUGGAUCGAGCGGGACAUGGAGAAGUACAUCCUGAAGGGGGAUGAGACGUACGCCGUCCUGAGCCGCCUGGUGGACCAUGGGAAGCAGCUGUUCCUCAUCACCAACAGCCCCUUCAGCUUCGUGGACAAGGGCAUGCGGCACAUGGUGGGUCCCGACUGGCGCCAGCUGUUUGACGUGGUCAUCGUCCAGGCGGACAAGCCCAGCUUCUUCACCGACCCGCGCAAGCCUUUCCGGAAACUUGAUGAGAAGGGUUCGCUCCAGUGGGACCGCAUCUCCAGCCUGGAAAAGGGCAAGAUCUAUCGGCAGGGAAACCUGUUCGACUUCCUGCGUCUGACAGAAUGGCGCGGCCCUCGUGUGCUCUACUUCGGAGACCACCUCUACAGUGACCUGGCGGACCUCAUGCUGCGGCACGGCUGGCGCACAGGGGCCAUCAUCCCCGAGCUGGAGCGCGAGAUCCGCAUCAUCAACACGGAGCAGUACAUGCACUCGCUGACGUGGCAGCAGGCGCUCACCGGGCUGCUGGAGCGCAUGCAGACCUACCAGGACGCCGAGUCCCGGCAGGUGCUGGCCUCCUGGGUGAAGGAGCGGCAGGAGCUGAGGUGCGUCACCAAGGCCCUGUUCAACGCUCAGUUCGGGAGCAUCUUCCGCACCUUCCACAACCCCACCUACUUCUCCCGGCGCCUCGUGCGCUUCUCCGACCUGUACAUGGCCUCGCUCAGCUGCCUGCUCAACUACCGCGUGGACUUCACCUUCUACCCGCGCCGCACACCCCUGCAGCACGAGGCGCCGCUCUGGAUGGACCAGCUCUGCACCGGCUGCAUGAAGACGCCCUUCCUCAGCGACAUGGCCCACAUCCGCUGA